UCAUCUACUCAUCUCUAAUCUCUCGUCUUCAAUAACAAGCGACAUCGUUUCUAGGGUUUAUAUUGGAAACAUUCAGAGAGCCGGAAAAUCAGUAAGAAAAUGGGGCACUCUAACAUCUGGAACGCUCACCCUAAGAGCUAUGGUCCUGGAUCUCGCGCUUGCCGAGUUUGCGGAAACCCUCACGCAAUCAUUCGCAAGUAUGGUUUGAUGUGUUGCAGGCAAUGCUUCCGUAGCAAUGCGAAGGAGAUUGGUUUCAUUAAGUAUCGCUAAACAUGGCAUGGGAAUCCACUCCAGAAGCUGUUUGAAGUUUUCUUAGGCUAGGCAAUGAAUUUUAUUUUCUAUGUUGUGACCUUUAUGUAAAGGUCUGGACUACUGAACCUGUGCGGUUUUGAAUUUCCAGACAUUGCUGAAUGUAGUAGACUUAGAUUUUCAGAUAAUAUAAUCUAUUUGUGCUUCAA